GUGAAACAAUUCAAAACAUCUUUAUCAUAAUUUCUAAAAUAAUUAGGUAUUGCAUACGCAAUAAGUUCACAUGACAUUAUGCAAGUAACCUAUAUAAAAGGUUACUGUGUCAUUCCAGUGGCUUCAUUUCAAGAUGGAGUAUAGAAUUGUAAUCUUUGCAUUUGCAGCCUUAUUGUGUCAGGUCCAAUCCCAACUAUGCUACUGUCCAGAAGUGGAGGUUAUUAGCUGCCCACCAAUGGUUUCAAUACCCCAAGUCCCAACCACACCUAUAAUACCAACUACUGUAGUAGACAACUCAGUAACAACAGCUUUACUUAAUGCCUUACAACUACUUAUAGUUAAGGACAUUUUACAAUCGCAAUUAGGUCCAUCUUGCCUACCAAAUUUGUUUCCUAUAGAAACCCCGUGCUAUGAAUAUAUUAGUCCUAUAACAUCUUGCGCUACUCCUAUAGCAUCUUGCGCUACUCCUAUAGCAUCUUGCGCUACUCCUAUAGCAUCUUACGCUACAUCUUGCGCUACUCCUGUAGCAACUUGCGCUAAUGCUAUAGCAACUUGCGCUACUCCUAUAGCAUCUUGCGCUACUCCUAUAGCAUCUUGCGCUAUUCCAGUAGCAUCUUGCGCUACUCCUAUAUCAUCUUGCGCUACACCUAUAGAAGUUAUAUCACCUGUAAUAGAACCUUAUCCAUAUUUAGGUGGAUGCACUGAAAUUAGUUAUCCAAAUAUUGGAUGUGCUUCAAAUUAUUACCCUUGUGGAACUGAAUAUGUUAACCAAUAUGUUCCUACUUGUGGAAAUGCAGUAGUUACAAUACCAUAUAACAAUGGCCGUAAUAUAUGUUACAAUGAGUUAGUUACUUCAAUUCCUUACAACUCUUGUGGAGAAAUUAUCAGUACGUGUAGUACUUAUGGAACACCAGAGACUAUUCCUCUAUGCGGACAAUGUUAUGGUAUUCCUGAAGUUAUAACAUCAAAUUGUAAUUGCAAUUAUGGCAAUCCUUAUAACACUUUUGGUGUCACAGAAUAUAUUUCACCAUGCAACCCAGGUUGCGGAGUACAAGAGAUUAUACAGCCUUGUAUACAAUACUACAGUGGGUGUCCUGAAGUCAUAUCACCCAUCUGUAACCCAGGGUGUGCUGGUAUGCCAGAAGUGAUUCCUGCCAACCCGUAUGGGUGUUGUCGUGAAAUUGUCACACCUUGCAACCCAGGUUGUUCAGGAUUUGAUUUUUGUGGGGCACCAGCGACCUUCUGUGGUAAUUCUAUAGGUUCUUGCGCACCAGCGGCGGAGGUAUUCAUCCCAUCAUGCAUUCCCGCGCAAUUGACCGGCAAUUUUGGUUAUUCCCCAACCUUAGGUCCUUGUAUUAAUUUUAAUAUCGAACCCGUACCUUUUGGAUCCUGCUUAUGUUAAGAUAUCGCUGAAAUUAAUAAACACGGUUUACAUAAUAAAUACGGUUUUAGCAAUCA